AUGUCCGCCUGGCCCCCCCACUGUGCAUCUGUCGCUACGUUACUUUGUUUAGCAAAUCGACCAAAUAUGCCUGUUGAUGAUUAUUAUUCAGUAUUUCGGAAUAUGGUACGAAAUUUACUUGAUGGAAAUAUGGAUAGUUCAUCAUAUGAAGGUUCAUUAUGUGAAAUGUUUGGUAUUCAUGCUUAUAUUGAUUUUACAAUGGAUAAAAUUAUUCAUCAUGCUUCAUACCGUUGCGGUGCAGUUGAUCUUGUUGAUAAUCUUUAUACUACAGCACAACAAAAUUCAGAAGCGGCUAAUCAACGUGAAAUAAAAUCAUAUGCAGAUGGUAAUCGUGUAUUUCGUAUUUGUUCAGUAUGUAAAAAUGUAUUUUUUAUUUAA